GUGAAAACGCCGAACGGACAGCAGAGUGAGCUGAACUCCGGCUUCGCACCCAAACUCCCCUACAAACUCGCUCCACCGGCGGCUCCGGCUGCGAACCGCGGCUGACUGCUGCUGACCCCAAGCGGUACCGGCGCGCUCGUCCCGCCAUGGCUAUCCCCACCGCCUUCGCCUCCCCCCUCGCGGUCCGGUCGGCCGUCGGCGCGGCUCUGGCGGCCGUCAUCGCCGCGCGCGCGGUCCGCCGCCGCUCCCUGGACGCCUCGGGCGGGGCCGCCGGCUUCGUCGUCAUGGCGGUCCACAUCGCCUGCGGCUACAGGUACGGGGCGCUGCUGCUGGCCUUCUUCUUCUCCUCAUCCAAGGUAACCAAGAUCGGGGAGGACCGGAAGCGCCGCGUCGAAGAGGAUUUCAAGGAGGGCGGGCAGCGCAACUGGAUCCAAGUUCUAGCAAAUAGCACAAUUGCCACUGUACUGGUUGUGAUAUUUGCACUAUUGACUGGAGGGCAAGAUCAGUGUUUGGACUCAAAUGGUUCAAAGCUUAUAACUGGUAUUAUAGGUGGUAUCAUUGGCCACUACUGUUGCUGCAAUGGAGAUACUUGGUCAUCUGAAAUCGGUGUGCUUAGUAAUGAACAACCAAGGCUUAUUACAACCCUUAAGCCUGUCAGGAAGGGUACAAAUGGUGGAGUGACCUUACAAGGACUUCUUGCUGCCACAGGAGGAGGCCUUAUCAUUGGUCUCACUUUCGUCGUUGUUGGACUUUUGACUGCUGAAUGUUCGUCUGAUAUGGCCCUCUUGCAGCUCCUAGUACUACCCAUCUCUGCUGCAGCUGGUUUGCUUGGGAGUCUAAUUGAUUCAUUGCUGGGAGCUACACUUCAAUUUAGUGGGUACUGCAGUGUUCGGAAGAAGGUGGUCAGCAAAAGGGGUCCCACGGUUACAAAGAUUUCCGGGAUGACUAUCCUGGAUAACGAUGCUGUUAAUGCAGUGUCUGUUCUGCUAACAACUGUGCUUACAGCUUAUGUGUGCAUUUACAUCUUUUAGAAACUAUAUGUGAAAUUUUCUCACUUCAUUCUAUUUGUGAAACUAUAUGGAAAUGGAACGGUCUGCAACUUCUCUGUAUUGAUAGAAUUUAUAUUAUGGUACAGAAAGGCUGAUUCACCUCCACUUUGAUACUAAUAGUUCACUGCAAACUUUUUA